UUUUUUGAUUGUUCCUAAUAACUUAUUUCUGAAAUGUGAACAUGAAAAAUAUGAUCAUCCGGAGAGACGCGAAAAUACGAAAUCUCAAACGGACAUAAAGCAGUAUCGAUUUAUUCCUUAUGGAAGACGGGAAUACGAAGGUCAAAAGAAGCAUGCUAAAAGACAACAUGCGAAAAUUAACGAAUUUUGUGAUGAAAUUGAACGGUUAAGAUGUUUAAUUACAAAUUUGGAAGCUGAAAACAGGCAAAGUAUUUUAACUCUUAUUGUUUUUAUAUUAGUUAAUUUAUGA